AGCGCGAUAUAUUCUCUGAUUUUAGUUCAGGAACGUAGCAUCACUGCGACAAAGGCUACGUACUUGAAAGUGAAAGUUUGAGGUCGCCAUGGCUAAGUACGAGAAAAAGCCAGAGCCCGGAGACCUUAUUGAAAUCUUCCGAGGCACAUAUCAGCACUGGGCUAUUUAUGUUGGAGAAGGUUAUGUGAUUCACCUGGCACCUCCCUCUGAACAUGCUCAAGCUGGAGCCUACAGUAUGAUGUCAGUAUUAUGUGAUAAAGCCACAGUGAAGAAAGAAGAACUUUAUGAAGUAGUUGGCAAUGAUGAAUACUGUAUCAACAAUCUUCUAGAUGAGAAAUAUAAGCCACGUCCUGUUCGAGAGAUUCUACGGGCUGCACAUAGAUUUUUGGGAAAAGAACUUCCAUAUAGUGUGUUUACAAGGAACUGUGAGCACUUUGUUACAGAGCUGAGAUACGGAGAACCACAGUCCCGACAGGUACGAGAGGCAGUGGAGACUGUUGCUGCAGUUGCUGUUGCAGGGAUUGGCAUUGGAACCAUUGUUUAUGCUAUUUCAAAAAUGUUUGGUUCAAAAGACAAAGAGAAGCAGACCCAAUGAGCAGUUAGAAAUAAAGAACUAAAAGUAAUGGAUUAUUUAAAGCCAGUAAAUUGUUUGAUGCUUUUUAUUAACUUUAAAUCAUUAAAACAAACCAUUAAAUUUAAAUGUAAAACUUGGCAGCCUUAGUUUUAUGAGUACAAAUGGAGAGAUUAUAGACUGUAAAAUCUUUUAUGAUGUAUUCUCUUUUAUGGUGUAAGGUAACUCGACAAUAAAGCAAUGAGUCCAUAGUCCACUAAUAAAUCGUUUUUUUUUUUUUUUAUACAUCACCCAUUUAUUUUUCUACUAGAUUUCUAAUGACCUUUCAAGCACUUUUAUAGCCGUGUAUUACAAAGCAAAAUAUAGAAAGCUGAAUAUAGCGGCAUGAUGCCACUGGCAUCAUGAACCACCACUGGUAGGACACAUCCUAGUAUUUGAAUUUGAAGGAUCUAUAGUCUGUUUUGCAUCAGGUGUAUCCUUCAUGUAUCCCUCACAAAAAAAAAA